AUACAUUGUCUCUCGUGUUUCUACCCGUCACGGUGUUUGUGUAGAUGAGAGGACACGUGUGGCCAAUCAAUACGAGUAUACACUCAUAAUAUAUAAUAUACACCGCUUAUCAAAUGACCAUACAGAUUCGUGAUAUGCAUCAAUACACCACUGGAUUAACUAUUUGUGUCCGUAUUAUAUUACCCAAGGGGAUUUUCGUAAUAUUUACAACAUAGCAACAUGCAGCGGUCAGAAUUCAAUAACAGUAUCCCGCCUGACAUCGCGUCAUUGAUCAUCAGUCCACUUGAUAUUCCUCAUAUUUUCACGUGAGCGUUAAUUCGGACACAACGAUGGUAUUAUCGUGUUUAUUGGAUUAAAGGUGGAGUCCAAGUCACAGAAACACGUGUACACAUGAUGAUACCUAUUCAUGGCCUGGUGUAUCUUGUUGACAGACAGCAAUUGACCAAUGAACAGCAAGCGUUGUUUGUGAAACGUCAAAGACUGUCAUGCUACAAUUUGAACGGAUAAUCCACCUUAUUGCACUAUUUCACAUCCUAUUUUGAACGAUGAUGUGCUUCCUUGGAAGAUAAAGUACAUAUGUAUACGUAAAUGUUUCCAACGGGCCGUGGUUUACAGGCUUAACAAGGAGGGACUUGAACGGAUAAGAUAUUUAUUCCCAAAAGAUGUCCAGAUGUAGCUAAAACUGUGCAUAGGACGACUGCACUAUGACAGAACAACAGCACGUGGCGGACUCGCUUGCCAAAGGUUUACCGCCAUUUAUGUUAGUUUUUGGGACGUUUGGAAACAUCUUUUCCAUUUACAUUCUUACGAGGAAGAACAUUCGACAGUCAACGUGUACAGUGUACCUCGUGGUGCUAGCUUGUUCCGACCUCGUGGUGCUUUACACUGGUCUACUGCGCACAUGGAUAUCCGCCACCUUCCAGAAUGACAUCCGGACUCAUACUUCCGGUAUUUGUAAGUUUCACACAUGGUUGGUGUACGUUUCGCUGGAUUUCUCGGCCUGGAUUCUCGUAGCUGUCACGGCAGAGCGCGUGGCUUUGGUCUGGUUUCCACACAAAGCCAAGGUCAAGUGCACUAAGAAGUCGGCGGCUUUUGUAAUUACACCCAUCUUUGUGUUUCUCAUGUUAAUUAACAGUCAUAUUCUGUACGGUAUGGACAGGAUCGUAAAAGUUGAUGGCAAUUCAACUAGUAUAAAGUGUGAUUUCGUUUCCGAAAAUUAUCGCUAUUUCUUCGAAGAACUGUGGCCUUGGGUGGAUUUCACAAUAUUUUGUGGACUUCCCUUUUGCUUUCUUGUUUUAGGGAAUAUCUUGAUUAUCACAAAAGUGUUUGCCAGUCAAAGAGCGACAAAACGACAAGUAGCUCCACACGAUCCCAAUGGUCGCACUCAGCGGUCUCAAAUGUCAUCCAUGAGUGUGAUGUUGUUUUGUCUCAACUGUGUCUUCUUGCUUUGCACAACACCAGUUAGCAUUUAUUUAAUCGGCUAUGUGCAGUGGGCCCGUGGAGCUACAGAGGCCACCAAAGCCAAUCUCAGCCUCAUUUGGACAUUGGUGAACGUUUUGAUGUAUGCAAACAACACCUUUAACUUCCUGUUGUACUGUAUGAGCGGAAGUCGCUUUAGGGCGGAAGUAAGGCUUGUUUUCGGGAAUAUGUUUGGUCUUCAGAACAGUUUUAAUCGUACACAAAAUAGCUUACGGAGAAAAAUGGGUGUCGCAGACCGUACACGAACUACUGCCGUUCCUUUGGAGGAUCGGGAUCGGAACACGAAUCAUUCAAAAGACAACAAUAAUUUUCUCUCUGUGUUAACACAACCCGGGGAUACUGAAUGUGACAGCAGAACUCACUCUCAGAAUAUUUCAUCGAAUGUAUAACAAUAUUAAUAUUAUGAACAAUACUGUUGUUAAUAGUCUCAGACAAGGACGCGAUGCCGUAAAACAAAUACUCAGUUUUCACUGAAAGUGACUUGGCAUAAGUACAAAUAUAUCCAAUUUAUAUAUAUAUAUAUUGGUCUAUACAUGGAUAGAUCGAAAACCAACGUGCCUCCGAGAAGUGUUUUGUUUUUCAAAAAGUGCUGUUUGGUAGCAGCACGGCUUAAAUUAAUUCAUCAUCUAGUUCGACCUGUAUAUUCCAAUUAUGUAAAUAGAAAAUACAUUAAAUUGUUUUAUUUAAAUGACAAGGGCAUUUAGUAAUUUAGUCUCAUUUUAGUCUCAAUUCCAUGUUUGUUGCUCGUAAACGAUGGAGUCAGAGUAAGAAAGUCGACAAAAUGUUAAUGUGUGUAAGUUCGUGAGGGAGAAUGAUGGUGUUUGUGUAUGUAUGUGAAAAGUCGUUUGUGUAUGACGUCGUCAAAACCAUGUGUUUUUUCCUCUGUUCUAUCAAAUGAUAGGCCAAACAACUACACCAAUGAAGACAUGUGUUACAAAUUAAUUUAAUUAUUACGUUGUUAUUUCGUUAGUUUUGUUGUCAUUUUGACACAUCUACGGCAAGAUUUGAUUGUCCACUUUGAUAACACACAUUAUAUCUUCGUUAGAUUACAGUAUAUGCCGGGGCUAUCAAGGAUAAUAUGAUACCAACAAAAGUUUUGUUUUCUCUAUCGUAUACAUUUUCUUCUUAGCAAUCUUUUCUGUUUAAGUACAGUGGUGUUAAUUAUCAUUUAUGAGUGCUAUAAAAAGGUACUCAAACGUUUCAUGAAUAAGUGCAUUGGUUCCAUAAAUAUGGACACGUGCCCGAAUGUAAUUGAUUUGAAUGUUUACAUUUGUUCUGAAGUGCAAAUAUGUGAUCAGAUUACGCACCGUAAUCCAAAUUUUGUUGUUUAUUGCUUUCAAUAUAAUAUGAAAAUACAAAAUAAAUUACAUGAAAAA